GCAGGGUUGCCUUUGCCUUGUCAGUAUGGCUGAGAGGCGAAGUACACCGUGUCAGCAGGAGUAAUGUCUGCCUAUAUUCUGGGUAUAGACGUGGGCACCACGUCGGUAAAGGCCGUUUUAUUAGAAACCGGCUCCAGGUCGGUGGCUGCCACUCACACUACGCCAACGACGUCAGAUAUCACCGACAGUGACGUGGUUAAGGCGAAGGAGCAGGACACGGGCCGGAUCGUGGACGCCCUGAACCGGUGCGUCGGCCUGCUGCCCGGAGACAAACUGCAGCGGGUCAGCAGCAUCGGGCUGUCCGGGCAGAUGCACGGGGUUUUAUUCUGGAAAGCACUGUUCGGUUGUGAUUGGUCCAACGGGGACUUCUUCACAGUCAGAGACACCAGUCAGCUGAUCACCUGGCAGGAUGGGCGCUGCAGCAGUGACUUCCUGUCGUCUCUUCCAAAACCAGACUCACAUCUCAGCGUAGCCACCGGGUUUGGCUGUGCAACAAUCUUCUGGUACAUGAGACACAGGCCCGAGUUCCUUAAGGACUUCACAGUCGCAGGCACCAUCCAGGACUAUGUGGUGUCCAUGCUGUGUGGGUUGGACGGGUGUGUGAUGACGCCUCAGAAUGCAGCCAGCUGGGGCUUCUUCAACACUUCCUCCAACCAGUGGAAUAUAGACAUUCUGAAGGGGGCCGGCUUCCCUUUGCACCUGCUUCCUCAGUGUGUGCCAUCUGGUGGCUUGGCGGGACAGACGUGCUCUGACUGGCAUGGUAUCCCUGCCGGUACGCCAGUAGGGGCAGCCCUGGGAGACUUCCAGUGCUCUGUCUACUCCUGCAUGAGUGCGCGGACAGAUGGAGUUCUUAACAUAAGCACCUCAGCCCAGCUGACCUUUGCCAUGCCACCUGAUUUCAAACCUCCAAAAUCUCCUCGGCCGGACUCCUCCAUCUCCUACUUCCCCUACUUUGAAGACUCGUACUUGGCGGUGGCGGCUUCACUCAACGGAGGGAACGUACUGGCCACUUUUGUGGAGAUGCUCGCUGCCUGGAUGAAAGAGCUCGAUGUGGAGCUGACUGAUUCCUGCUUAUAUGAGAAACUGAUUCAUUGCGCCCUGAAUCAGGAAACGAGCGACCUGAGGGUGAGUCCUACCAUCCUGGGAGAGAGACACAACCCUCUUUGCCUGGGUCAGGUGACCAACAUCUCCACUACCAAUCUCUCUCUGGGUCAUUUGACCAGAGCACUGUGCCGCGGAGUCUUGGACAACAUCACCUCCAUGAUGCCGGCUGAGCGUCUGCAGCAGGCAGGGGUCAGCAGGAUUGUGGCCAGUGGGAGCGCCAUCGCCCGCAACGAGGUGCUAAGGCAGGAAGUGGAGAAGGCGUUUCUCCAGCCGGUUGUAUACGGACAAAACGCAGAUUCUGCCGUCGGCGUGGCCAUGGUCCUCUGUGACCUACGGUGAACGAGAUCCACAGGGGAAUCCCUGUCUGUUUAUGUGAUUAACUGAUAAUUUUGCACACUUCUGAGUGCCUCAUGGAAUGGCAUCACUUUGUUUAAAUGAGGCAAAUUCUAAGAUAUUUUGCUCUGUAAGACCAAAAGAUAAUUUCUCUCACUGACAGCAGCCUCCUUUAAGCAGCAACUAAAAAGGGCUGUAAAAGAUUUCAGCACCCCACAUGUAUACAAUGACUUUGGUAUUUCCAUCUCAACUCUCUCCUUUUCAUGUCAAAUUCAGCUUAAGGGUUUGAAUCCACAGACUGGGACCAUGCUCUGUGUGUGUGUGUGUGUGUGUGUGUGUGUGUGUGUGUGUGUGUGUGUGUGUGUGUGUGUGUGUGUGUGUGUGUGUGUGUGUGUGUGUGUGUGUGUGUGUGUGUGUGUGUGUGUGUGAGUGUGUCUGAUGUGUUUUUACAAAGCAAGUUUAACUUAGUCUGGCUCUCUUUGGGUUAGCUGGCUUCACUGAGCCUAACAUCGGUGAUCCUGGAUCACCAGUAUCAUGAGGCUGGUUAUCAUAUACAAGUGUGUUCAUGUGAAAGAGGCUGAUGAUGACUCCACUGACCUGUGUAAAUGUUUUGAUUGGAUCCACUGAAGUUAACCUACUCAGGAGCAGGUUAGCUGUGCAGCGUAUGAUGAUCUGCUUCAUUUUACAGUGAACCAGCGUCACAUUACCAGAAAUCCAAAGUUAAACCCAAAGAUAGCCGGCUAAUACUGUACACUAACUUUACUUUGUGACACAGGGCCCUAGAUCAGCACAUUUAUCCGAGGAAUGGUUUAGUAAAUAUGUGCUCAUUCACUGUACCUGUUCAGUUUGUCCCAGCAGAUCCUUAGAUCCAAACAUUAUGAUACCGUUUUCUUUAAAUGUUAUGUUUUCAUUUUAUACUUUAACCUCAAGUGAAAUGUUCUUUUUGGCGCUUUUUCUUUGCCUUCUUCCAUCUUCCAUUCUGAAUUUCUGCUACUCACAUUGUUGUUUGUCUUUAAUGUUAAUUUUGCUUUUCAUUCUUAUUAACCUUUUUUAAGAUCUUCCUUUUAUCAGUCAUUGCAGAAUUUGUCUUGCCUCUGCUGCUGCUUUUAAUCAUUUGAUGUUUGUUUCAUGAUCCAGUUUAGUAAGAAAAGGAGAUCGAAGUGACAAUAAAUGAUAGAAGCAUCAGAUGAGGGUCGAUGCAGAUUUUGGCAAACGAGCAUUUCACCUGGAAUAUUUCUAGCAGCAGCACUGUUGAUGGCUUUAUCAUUUCUAUAAUAAUGAAUGAAUACAGGGAUAUUUCUACAAGUAAAUGCAGUUGUGACAUCACUGUUAUUAGUGUUGCCUGCCAUUCAUUACAACAGAUUAACUGUUUUUUUUAAAUUACUACUGUUAUAUGCAGUUAUUGUUCUCUGAAUGUACCAGUACUUGACACCUGAUGUAAUGUGAUUAUGGUACAAAUAAAGCAGUGUUAAUAAUUCA